AUGCCCUACGCUUUCCGCCACCAACCUCUGAAAGGCCUCUUCCUCACCUAUCAGCUCCUGACCACCCUUUGUAUUCGAUUCCCGCUCUGGGUAUUGCUGAAUCUGCCACAGUCAUGGCGUCCCCGACGGUCCUGGAGCCUGAAGCGCUCAAUUCUCGUUAACCUGGUGCGCCAACUCCUGAACACCAACUCCCAGACAGGCCCGUACAUCAAGAUGCCAAACCACCUGGCUAUCACACCUGGUGUAGACGUGAACGGUGUCUGGGUUUUAGCCGCAAACCACCUCGUGACGGGGAACCUCAAACUGUGGGCUGAGAUUGCUGGGGUCACCUCCAUUCGCGUUCCUGGAUACUGGACGCACAAGAAGGGUUCUACCAUCGGAGUUGGCGCUGCUCCGAAUCUAGGAGAGAAGGUUGCUUAUAUGCUUCACGGUGGCGCGUACAUUCGUCUAUCUGCGCACCCGACCGACCCCACGGCGGCCAUUGCAAGAGGCUUACUGAAACAUGUCAAUCUUGUUCACCGCGUUUUCUCCCUCGAAUACCGCCUGGCUGCCGGCAAACCCUUCAAACCUGCCCACCCCUUCCCUACCCAGCUGCUCGACGCGCUCGCCGGCUACGACUAUCUCGUCAACAAGGUCGGUUUUGCCCCCGAAGACAUCAUUAUUGUUGGCGACUCGGCUGGAGGCAACUUGGCGCAUGCCCUGACGCGUUACUUGACCGAAUACCAGGGCACGACCGACCUGAAGCUGCCCGGACCACCCGGUGCUCUCCUGUUGCUUUCUCCUUGGGCAGACCUGAGCAUAAGCCACGAAGUUGCUCCAAAAGGGUCAUUCAAGAAAUGUAUGGUGUCGGACUACAUUAGCGUGGACGGAGGUGGUUUUUACGCAAAGGUCGCGUUCUGUGGUCCUCACGGACUCGGUGCAGCGGAGACCAACCCUUACAUCUCCCCUGCUUCUUUGCACCCUGGCCUGGUCGUUGAUUUCAAGAAAUUUCCAAGAACCUUCAUCGUUUCUGGCGGUGCCGAAGUCUUGUAUGAUUGCAUUGUGACUCUUCGCGAUCGCAUGGUCAAGGAUCUAGGCGAGGGCAAUGGCGUAAAUGAGGGCGAAGGCAAGGUCCGAUACUAUGAAGCACCGGACGGGAUUCAUGAUUACCUCGUUUUCGAUUGGCAUGAGCCCGAAAGAACGGACACCCUCAAGGAAAUCAACAAAUGGGUGACUGCUGCGUGA